UUCAUUUCCGGUCUCAAAUCUCAGUUGUACUCUCUCUCUCUCUAAUUCACGCGCUCUGUGCAACGCAGACGGCAGACCAUCCUUUCCUUAGGUGUACGAGAGACUUUCUCUCUCUAGAAAGAAAGAAGUCAUCUAUUUGAUUCAUUCAACAAGGAGAGACAGAAAAAUAAGAAAACUCGUAGAUCGUCGUCGUUGAUUCAGCACCGUCGUGAAUACUGAAAAAAGUAUAAUCCCUGGCCAGAUUCGUCUCCCAGAUGGGCGGUGGAGUGAAAGAAGAGGAGAAGAACGAGAAGAUUAUUAGGAGUCUUCUCAAACUUGCUCAUAACAAGAGGUGUAUCAACUGUAACAGCCUUGGACCACAAUAUGUUUGCACUUCUUUCUGGACUUUUGUUUGUACCAACUGCAGUGGAAUACACCGUGAGUUUACUCAUCGUGUUAAGUCCAUAUCAAUGGCUAAAUUUACUUCCCAAGAAGUCUCUGCUCUUAAAGAAGGUGGCAAUCAGCAUGCUAAGGAUAUUUAUUUUAAAGGACUGGAUCAACACAUGCUGUCAGCAUCUGACGGGAGCAAUGCCGAGCGAUUAAGAGACUUCAUCAGACAGGUGUAUGUAAAUAAAAGGUAUACCAAUGUGAAGAAUGACGACAAGCCUCCAAGAGCACCGAUGGGAGAUAGUGAGAUACGAAGUUCUAGUGGGUCUCGAAGUCCACCGUACGAUGAUGUGUACGACCGUCGUUACAGCGGCAGAUCAAGUCCUGGUGGAAAAAGUCCAGGGUUCGAUCAAGCUAACAGAAAAAGUCCUUCUCGUCCUGAGAUCAUAAAUGAUUGGCGCAGAGAGGAUAGAUUUGGUGGUAAGAGAAAAACAGAAGAGGAGUCCCAUUCACCUGAGCAAGUAAAAGAUUCGAGUUCAGCUAGCCCUCCUGUAUCUCGACCCGUUAGGGAAAUUUUGGGUGACAGUUUUAUUCCUCUUCGCGUGAUAGAGCCUCCAAAACCCCAAGUCAACCAAAAUAGCGAUACUUCAGCAAUUGCAAAGCCUGCUGCAUCAUCGAGUAGUUUAAGCUCCACAAAUGAGAAUCCACCAGAAGUGAAGUUGGAGACUGCUAUAAGCUUGAUAGAUUUUGAUGCUGAUCCUGAACCCCCAGCUCCAUCUGUUGCAAUACAAGCACCAAUAUCGGCCACAACACAUCCUGCUGUACAGCCAGCAAGUGCAAAUAAUGAUAAUUGGGCAUCUUUCGGUGCUGCACCCAGUGCCAUGUCUUCAAAUGCAUCUCAGUCACCACCCAGUGGAAACACAGUGGAUUCACUUCUCUCUCAGUUGACAGCAGCUUCGGCCGUGCCAGUUCAAAUGUCUAGGGGACCUGUGCAUCUUGGUCAUUCCUCAUCACAAAUCUUUGCACAACCUCUAAAUGGGCAUUCAAGAGAACAGGUAGUGAGUGCACCGUCAUUUCAACCUCUUCAAGGAGUUCCUCCUGGUGGCCUGCAGUCUUCUGAAGUUAAGCCUUCCGGAAGAACAGAAUUACCUGCGGAUUUAUUCACUGCAACCUACCCGUCAUACCACGCAGCAGCGCCGGGGUGGCAUGCUGGUCCACCACAUGGUAUGCACUAUGGCAUGCAGCAGUAUAAUAACACAGUGCAGCCUUUCCAGAAUGUACCACAACAAGGGAAGUCAGUGAACCCUUUUGACUUGAGCUCUGAGCCGCCAACACAGACACAACCAGAAACCAUGUUCCCUUCCAUGGCGUCUCUACAAAGUGCAUUGCCUCCUUCAGCCAUGAUGCCUUCUCAAGGAGCACACAGUCAUUUCAGUAUACACUCUCAAGUCUCAGGCCAUCCAUCUGCAAUGCCACCAAGCUUUAUAUCUCCUCAAACGCCAGGAAACAUGCCACCACGCCAUCUAAGCCCAAUUGGGAACAUGGGCGCUCCAUAUGAGACACAACAAGCAUAUCAGAAUUUCGGAAGCCCAUUUGCCUCUGCAGUUUCUUCGAAUUCACCACCUUCUUUCUCUUCUGGAGGAAACCCGUUUGGGUAAGAAGAGCGAGAUUAUUAGCUCAAAACCUGUAAUGCUUUGGAGGGAUUGAUUGCGUUCUUGUAAGUUUGAGUUCUAAACUGUGUCCAACCAUUCGUUAAUAAGAGUGGACGAAAAGUGUGAGGCAUGAACGUGGAGAAGAAAUUUGGGUUUGUGUGGAGGUGUUAAAUUAAUAGAAAAAGACCAUAGCACUAAA